GCCGCCGUGGCCGCUUCGUCCUUCCCCGGCAUGGCGGCGCUCUCGGCUUGGCGCGGCGGCUCCGCCGGCGGAGCUUGGAUGUUUCAAUGUAUGCGACAGCUUCACACUGUUUAUCAAGCGGUAGAAUUGCCGGAGACUCACCAGAUGCUUCGCCAGACAUGCCGGGACUUUGCCGAAAAGGAGCUGGCCCCCAUUGCUGGUCAGCUGGAUAAGGAGCACCGCUUUCCUGCAGAGCAGAUCAAGAAAAUGGGCAGCCUUGGGCUGCUAGCAAUGGAUGUACCUGAGAAGUACGGAGGAGCCGGCCUCGAUUACCUGGCGUACUCCAUUGGCGUGGAGGAGAUCAGCCGCGGCUGCGCAUCCACUGGCGUCAUCAUGAGUGUGACUAACUCCCUCUAUUUAGGACCAAUUUUGAAGUUUGGGUCUGAAGAGCAGAAACACAAGUGGAUCGCUCCCUUCACCAGUGGUGACAAAAUAGGCUGCUUUGCCCUAAGUGAACCAGGAAACGGCAGCGAUGCAGGAGCUGCGUCGACAGUUGCCCGGCUCGUCGGUGACGAAUGGGUCUUGAAUGGCACCAAAGCCUGGAUCACCAACGCCUGGGAGGCCGCUGCGACAGUGGUCUUUGCAACCACAGACAAGUCCCUGAAACACAAGGGCAUCAGCGCCUUCCUGGUUCCCAUGCCAACCCCUGGCCUGUCUCUGGGGAAGAAAGAAGACAAGCUGGGCAUCAGAGCGUCGUCCACGGCCAACCUGAUCUUUGAGGACUGCUGCAUUCCCAAGGCCAACCUCCUGGGGGAGCAGGGAAUGGGCUUCCGAAUUGCCAUGCAAACCCUGGACUCCGGCAGGAUUGGAAUUGCCUCCCAGGCCUUAGGAAUCGCCCAGGCAGCCCUAGACUGUGCUGUGGAUUACUCUGAGAAGAGGAUGGCCUUUGGCUCGCCCAUUACUAAGCUGCAAGCCAUCCAGUUCAAGCUGGCUGACAUGGCCCUGGCCUUGGAGAGCGCUCGCCUGCUGACGUGGAGAGCGGCACUGCUGAAGGACAAUGGCAAGCCCUACACGAAGGAAGCCGCAAUGGCCAAGCUGUCUGCGUCCGAGGCAGCCACUUCCGUGGCCCAUCAGGCUCUCCAGAUCCUGGGAGGGAUGGGCUUCGUGACAGAGAUGCCAGCUGAACGCCACUACCGCGACGCUCGGAUCACGGAGAUCUACGAAGGCACCAGUGAGAUACAACGGCUGGUGAUUGCAGGGCAGCUCUUGAAAGCCUAUCGAGGAUGACGAGCGGAGGAAGCGCUUGCGUCAGGGCUGCCACCCACCUCCUGUUUCGGGCCACGAGUUUGUCACCAGCCUGUGGCCAGGCGAGGGGGCCGGGCUUGGUUCCGGAUAUUGGUGGGAAGUAAUGGGAGAGGGUGCCCUGUGGCAAGUACCAGCCUCCGUGCCGAUCCCGUGCGGUGUCAGAAAAGGCCCACUGUGAGCCCAUUUGGCGUGAUGGUCAAGUCUGCUAGAUGUGUCAGAUUUACUGAAAUGGGAGGUUUAUCGGGGAGGGCAAAGUGGUCAGUGACCGCGCCCCUCGUGUUCUGCCCUCUGCCUUUCAGAGCAGCCAGGAAAUGCAGAGGCCCAAGUGCCUUUCCCACACCUCCAAUGGGUGCUAGGGCCACGGCCAGCAGUUUGAUCCCCCCUUACUUCUGCACUACUGCUCCAAGUUGUACCUAAUGGGAUUAAUGGGACUCCUUUGCACGAAAUAUGUGGAACUGCCCCCAUUUUCACUGGCCGCAGCAGAAGCCAGAUGGUUAGAGAGGAAGAGACCAAGAAUGCAAGUGCUCUCAAGGGGGGCGGGGGGGGGGGGGGACCCUGCUGUCCAGGGUUAAACUACAUAAGUGCAUGUAGAGGGGGUGUGUGGUGAAAUCACAGCCUGCCGAAGGGAAGUUGGAGUUGCAUUAAAGAUGGGCCCUCAGCAAACCUUCCCCAACCUGGUGUCCUCUAGAAGUGUUGGACUACAACUCCUAUCGCCCUCAAUGGAGAGCACCGGGUUGGAAGGGGGGGUGGCCCUAGGUUCUCGGUUCAUUGGAGCACCCUGUUGGUGCACAGAGGUCCUUUCAUUCCCCUCCCAGAGAUCAUAAUGUGAAAGAAGAUAAGAGUCCUCUGUAUACACACGACUGGCAGGUAUUAAAUUUGAGCACCAACA